UGUUCUUGCGUGGGGCAAUGUCCACUUUAGCCCUGCUGGUGUUCCCAACCUGGUCUCUGCAUGACCCUCCAAGCAGUGAUCUCACCAGGACAAGGCUGAGCAGUGAAAUCUGGGGCUCAGUGAGCAGUUACCUCUGAUCCUGUCUGACAAAAGGGGAGGAGAGAAGGAAAAAGUAAAGACAAUCCCCGGCAUGGUGACUCAGCAUCUUUACACUGUUAAGCUUUGAACUGUAAAUACAGCUUUUGCACCUUUCGUAUGCUGUGCGUUCUCAGCCAGAACGCGCCUACACGUCCUAUUCCAGCCUACCUUAAGUCACUCCAUGAGCACGAUGAGCGGAAAAAGCAGCCCAGAAGGUGAAGAAGGAGCUGGGAGAAUGAAGAGUGAGAGUUGGGGGCAGAGCAACGCCGUGGGAGAGGUCAGGAGGGGCCGGGUGAUCCUUGCUGCCUACCUGAUAGUAACUCUGGAGCUGACCUUGCUGUUCAUGCAGUUUGGAGUUGUACCUUACUUGGCAAAGAACCUGGGUUUGGAUUCGGUGGGGUUUGGGUACCUCCAGACAACCUUUGGUGUCCUCCAGCUCGUGGGAGGUCCCAUUUUUGGAAGGUUUGCAGAUCAGUUUGGUAGCAGAGCUGCCUUAACUCUCUCCUGUGCAUCUGCGAGUGCCUUCUUCCUGCUCCUGUCCAUCUCCACCAGCAUCCCCAUCCUCUUUCUCUCCAGGCUACCGACAGUGUUCAUGCACGGACUGCCAGGUGCUCAGAAGGUCAUCACAGACCUAACAGCUCCUUCUGAACGUGCUGCUGCCUUGGGGAAGCUGGGUCUUUGCUUUGGUGUAGGAAUCAUCAUCGGCUCUGCCCUGGGAGGGGUCCUCUCCACCAAAUUCGGUGCUCUCCAAGCUGCAUGUCCUCAGCAAGCUUCCUUACCUCUCUGCUGUUCCAGAUGGUUUGCAGAUAGAUCAAGCAACACAAGUCCCGGCCGCACCAGUGGGAUGUGCCUGUUUCAAGAAAUGACCAUUUACACCUACUCUGUGAUCCCUAUCUUGGCCUGUCCCAGCUCAUCCAGGAUUAGAACUGCUGGGACUGGAGCCAGGUGUUGCAAGUCCUUGAUCAAUCAGUGAACUCAUCCUCGGUCCUUGUCUGGACUCCUCCAUUUGUAGACAUGAGGAUGAGACCACGGAAGAAGCAGUGCCUUAGUCAGCCAGCUGGCUGUGAUCUUCUGGGGAGUGAAUGUUCUUUCCUCCAUUUUUCAUAAAUGAAUGUAAAUGUGCAGGUGUUUGGUGCACAGAGAUGCCGAUGGGACUGUGCAACAGGGAAAAGCAGUAAUGACACAAGUGCAAGCUUUGAGUUAGCCAAGUGAGUAUUUUGAAAUAGGCUGUUUUAUCAGAAAAGAGCACACACAAACAUUAAUGACACUUGAAUUUAAUGGUGGAUUAUGGACCAAGUAUGCAAAUCCACCCACUCCUUUUUCAUGCGUAACCGAUAUGCCUCUUCCGGUAAUUAGCCGAGUUCCCCAGCAGAGUGCUGGCACCAGCAGUGUGCUCCAGCUGCCAAGAGAUUAGCGUCCUGCCCAGCUAUUUGGAGUGUCCCAUAAGGGACGUUAAGCCCCAAGUAGCUCUGCUGGCCUUAGGGACAGCUCUGACGUCGUGUCCCCAUCCCACACCUGGUGUCCCUAAUAUAAGACAGCCCCAACAUUCCUCUCCUGUUGCUGCUCCCAGUUCUUUGCCCUGCUAUAGUGCUAACUUUCAGCUUCCCUCCCUGCCCCAGUUCUGGUGGAAAUCAGUGGUGCAUCGUGCCCAUGCUCUCCUUCAUCUUUUUCUCUUUCCCACCCAUCAGAUUUUCCAAAUCAGAAUUAAACAGUUGAAUGAGAACUUGUUUAUGGAUGACACAUUUGCACCCUUGAGGGACUAUGCUUAGGGUGUGCAUGUGAAACCUUACUUCCUCUUCGGCCUGCCCAUGACCAAGUCAAACCCACUGCAGCACAGGAGAGCCUUUUCCUCUCCCUAGAGUAGCAGCCAUCCUGUUCUGGUCAUCUAAAAGCACGCGAGGCAACAAAAGGGCAUCCUGGGUAUGGUGUCCGGUUGUAUCAGGGCAAUGAGUGGCCCUUUCCUGCUAAUGUGUGGGUGAAGGCAGGUAUUGACUGGUUUUAUGCUAUCUCUGGAAAAAUCAUAGGCUGUGAGUGAAAUAAUGGAAAAUUUGCAACCCAAGGAGUCUCACUGAAGGGCUGCAGCGAAAUAUGGACAAUGUGGUCUGGCUAAGUGAUCCUCCAUCUUGUGAUGUACUGUCUACUCCACAAGGAUCAAGAGAGAAAAGGGUAUCUACAUCUAUAUGGGGGCUAUGUUUGUUUCCACUUGGGAUGUGACUUCUUCAGCAGGCAUUCAGCUUUGCCUUUUACUCCACAUGCUGUUUUCACCAAGGGUAUUUGCUUGGGCAGGAGUGCCCAGGAUAGGAUCAUGCUGCAUUCGUUCAUGUCGUUCUAUCACCAUGCUGGUUCUUUCCCUGGGCUGGGCAAGCCUGACCAUCUCUAUACCUUUGCAUGACAGUCUUGGGAAACAUGUGAAA